UUGACAAGUUCUUCUUGAUUUUCCUCCCUUUGCUCAUUUUGGCUGGCACAUUUAUCGUUUAGUUAUCGUAACCGUAUAAUGGACUCGCAAUCCUACAUGCCUGUUCCUCCGGGUAUCGGAAUGGAGGAGAAUUUCUUUUCUCUGGAUGAUAUAUUAUUGUCUCACGAGCGGCUGCCGUGCAAGACGGAGUGUGUUUUUCCGCGGCUCGGGUUCCUCGAGAAAUCCAGUGAGACAAGGGACAUACCAGAGGCUACAAAGAUGGAGAUGCCACUCUGGCUUGCUAAGGGCCUGUAUGAAAAGAAGAGGCGAGUGCUGUCCCUGGAGCUGCCUAAGGUGUAUCGUCAGGGCUGGAGAACAGUGUUUGGGGCGGAUCCUACUGUGGUCGACCUUCAUAAAAUGGGGCCCUAUUAUUAUGGUUUAGGCUCCCAGAUGCUGCAUUUUGACAACCCAGAAAACCCAGAGAUUGCUCAAACCAUCCUCCAGACCUUUAUUGGCCGUUUCCGCCGGAUCAUGGACUCGUCCCAGAAUGCCUACAAUGAGGAUACAUCAGCACUGGUGGAGCGCUUGGACUACUUGGAGAGGAGUUUGUUUAAGGCAGGACAGAGUGGACUGAACAGUUUCCAGCUGUGGGAAAAAGGUCGAUCCUCACACCUCACUGCCUCUAGCCUAGUUAUCAACUACAGAAAGAGAAAAAUCACUGACCUGCAGGCUUGAGAGACAAUCACAGACCAACAGGUCGGAAACAAAAAAAGGACUUUGAAUUGGAGGGGUGUGCAUUUGUGUGUUUCUUGUAAGUGUGGAAAAUGGAGACAUGUUUGUGUGUGAGUGUGUUAUAGAGAAACUUAUGUUAAUAAACCUAUGGUGACCUUUUUUACUGCAAUGUAUAUCCUACUGUCUUGUAUAGACAAUAUUUCAACUUAAAAUUCAAUGAAUCAUCUUAUCCUGUUAUGCUCUUUCUGUUUUCCUAUUUCAAAACUUUUUAAAAGGCAUUGAUGAUAAUGUUUGUGCAGAAUGGCACACAUUUAUAGUGGUAAUCAAAUAUAU